GCACCCGCCGCUGAAGAGGAGGGAGGGAGGGGAGGAGAUUCUGGAUGGACGUAUAGAUAGGCUAAAUAAAUAAACAAACGCCAGUGAGGGAGGGGAGGGGGUGUGAGGAGAGGAGAGGAGAGAAAAAAAAAGGAAAUUCCCUUCUUCUGCUUAUAUUUUUUUCUCCCCCUCUUCCCGUGCGUCUUUUGCGCUGCGCAGUGCCGCCGACACCACCAGGGGAGCGCAUUUUCUCUCGAUCACAAGCUGCCGAGGCGGACAGGAACACCGCAAUCUGACGACCAGAAGCGUGAGCAGCGGCGGGGGGGAGGAAACGUUGCGGGCUCUUCUUUUAUUUUGAAAACGCUCUCCUGGAGGAAACGCAUCCAAAAACCUGAUGCGCCCUCCACACGGGAUAUCACAGCGACCUAUGGAGCAUUGAUUCACAGUCCGUCUUAUUUAUUUUUUUUAACAUAUUGGACAAUCAGAGCGUUUUUUUAAAUUUAAAAUCGGCCUGUUUUUAUUGUGUGUGUGUGUGUUUUAAGGAGUAACCGCUGCGGGGUUGAGAAGAUAGCUUUCAUUGCCAGCUGAGUGUUACAUAACCGAGUGGCAUUAGCUGUCCAAGGUGCUGAACUGAACGGUCGGAGGACUAAAACGGGACGCGCCGAGGGGAAUUCACAACCUUGCAAGGUCACACAGGCCCUAUCGACCAAAAAGAGAGGGGGGAGAAGAGGAGGGAGCGCAGCUCGCUGGGAAGCAGCUGAGUGUGUGUAUAUAUAUAUAUACAUACAUAUAUAUAUAUUCACAUCUUUUUUUCCGCCAUCGUCCCGAGGUGAAACACAUUCCUGAGGUGGUCGAUUCGACGGAGAGAGAGCGAGAGAGAGAGAGGGAAAAAUGUCGGGGCAAACGCUCACGGAUCGCAUCGCCGCUGCGCAAUACCAGCUAACGGGAUCAGAUAUGGCCCGAGCUGUCUGCAAAGCCACCACUCAUGAAGUGAUGGCGCCCAAGAAGAAGCACCUGGAGUACCUGGUGUCAGCCACCAACACCACCAACGUGAACAUCCCCCAGAUGGCUGACACGCUGUUCGAGCGAGCCACCAACGCCAGCUGGGUGGUCGUCUUCAAGGCCCUCGUCACCGCCCAUCACAUGUGUGUCCACGGCAACGAGAGGUUCAUUCAGUACUUGGCUUCCAGGACCUCCCUGUUCAACCUCAGCAACUUUAUCGACAAAACCGGCUCUCACGGCUAUGACAUGUCUACAUUCAUCAGACGGUAUGGACGAUACCUGAACGAGAAAGCCUUCGCCUACCGCCAGAUGGCUUUUGAUUUCACCAGAGUCAAGAAGGGCGCUGAUGGUGUGAUGAGGACCAUGACCACUGAGAAGCUGUUGAAAGGCAUGCCAGUUCUGCAGACUCUGAUUGACACACUCCUGGAGUUUGAUGUUCAUCCCAAGGAGCUGAACAACGGGAUCAUCAAUGCCGCAUUUCUGCUCCUCUUCAAGGACCUGGUCAAAAUGUUUGCAUCCUACAACGAUGGAAUCAUCAACCUAUUAGAGAAAUACUUCAAGAUGAAGAAGAGCGACUGUAAGGAGGCCUUGGAGAUCUACAAGAGGUUCCUGACCAGGGUGACAAAGAUCGGGGAAUUCAUGAAGCUGGCUGAGACGGUUGGAGUCGACAAAAACGACAUUCCCGACAUCAACUACGCUCCCAGCAGCAUCCUGGAGAGUCUGGAAACACACAUGAACGGUCUGGAGGACGUUAAGGGCGGAAAGAAGGGUGAAGGGUCUCCAACAAAGGGGUCCCCGACGAACAACGUGUCUCCGACAUCGACCCCGGCCAAAUCUUCAAACGCUGUUCCCGCGCUGCAGCCUCCUCCCGGGGAGACAGCAGCAGCUGCCGCUGCCGCCGCUCCUGAGCCAGCUGAAGAUUCCUUGCUGGACCUGGAUCCACUGUCCUCUUCAGGUCCAUCAGCACCAUCAGCUGCCCCCACGUCCUGGGGAGAUCUUCUCGGAUCAGAAAUGGGCGAUUCCUUGCUAUCUGAACCCACCCUCACGGCAGAGCCCGCCCCCUCCCCUGCAGCAGCAACGCCCACUCCUGCAGCGGCAGAACCCGGAGUCUCUCUAGCUCCUCCCACUAGCACAGCAGCCGCCACCUCCCCUGGCGCCGCCAAUAUGGAUCUGUUGGGAGAUGCCUUUGCAACACCCGCUGCUCCCAUCGAGGCCUCCGCAGCCGCGGCUGAAGGCGGGGCCGCCGCUACAUCUGCCCCAGCCGCCAACGCCGGAGCUGAGUCCACAGGAGGAGAUGCCCCAGCUGCUGCUCCUGCCGCCCCCGGUGCUGAGCUCAUGUCAGUAUUUGAUGGACUAGGGGAUGUAAUGAAGCCCACUCUGACCCCUCAGGCGGGGGAUGUUGACACCUCCAUGGCUAACAUGGCGAGUAAUCUCACAAUGGGAACCUCAGCGGCUCCUCAGGUAGCUCCCCCCUGUUGGGGUGCUCCCAUGCCUGGAGCGCCAGGAGCUCCCAUGAUGCCCAUGGUGAGGCCAGGCUUCCCAGCCACGGGAGCGGCCCCCGGAGCACCGAUGUCUCCUGGAGCGGCCCAGAGUCCCAGAAAGCCUCCACCGCCGAGGAACGCUCUGGAUGACCUCAACAUUAAGGACUUCAUGUAGACUGACUGACCAGUAAACCCCCAAGGUUUGUCAUCGUGUCUGGAGCUCUGUGGAUGUGGAUGUCUGCACUCCCCCACUGCCUUCCCCUCAGUCAUGCCCCCCUCCCCCCACCUCCCUUCAGCCAACCAGCCUUUACAUCUUCGAAUCUUCACCCUCCUACCAGCCGCGACACCCCUCCACCCAAAUACCUGAAAACCUGCCCCCCCCCCCCACCCCUCCUCUUAUCUAAUGUUGUAGCACAACUGUGAAUGUGAACCCUAGAUACAGAAAAACAGAAAUUCCGUUUAUGUGUGUGUGGGUGUGUGUGUAACUCAGUGUUAACCUUUACUUAAUAUACUAUGAAAAAAACCCAACAAAAAAAAAAUAAUGAUAAUAAAUAAAUGUGUAUUUAGAUUCAUUCUGGAUUUCCGCGUAUCAGCUGACUUGGAAUGGUGGAUAUAUGUUGGUUUCUUUGCGCAUCUCCCAAGACGAGGACUGUGUUGUUAAAUGUGGACUGUGUUCGGUGUGUGUAACUUCACUGGCCAACCCCCCUCUACUCCCCCGUCGUCCAAACUAAUACUGAGCUAUGUUUAUGUCAUGAUAAACUUGGUUGUACCUACUAUAUCUGCUUGGCCACUCAUCCUCCCACCUGUCUACUUCCCAAGUUUUUUUCGGAGGACAAACUCCCGAUCAAAAUGUUCCUGAGAACAACUUGCACUGCAAAUCUGGACGUAUCAUCGAACACACCAGACUGUGUUCAUUUUUACUUUAUCUGUUGUUAUUUCUUUUGUUUUGAUUUGUUUUUCUUUUUUGGGAUUGUAUGAAACAUGCAAAAAUUUGUGAACUGUGUUCAAAAUUGACAUAUGCAUUUUAGACUAUUUUAAAAAUGAUAGAUUACACAUAUUUUCUUUAAUCUUUAUUUUGAGAGAAAAAAACAAAUGUAUCAUAUAUUUUUAGUUAUGUCAAAAAAAGGCAAGUAGACUUAACAAAAAAAAAAAGAAAAUCCCCGUCUUCUUCUUACGUACAUAUACCUCUCAAUCUGUAAUCAGAGGCAGUAUUGAAUGGAAUAAAUUUGCCCCCCGAGUGUUUACUGUUGCACCCUCUGCUGGUGUGGAGUGAUUCUGCACCGUGGCAUGCGACACAGGUCGAUCUGGGAUGCGUUCUAAUACUCUCAGUGAGCUCCUUUUUUUUCCCCUCAUCUCUGACGACUUAACGUCGGAGUGGGGAAUCCAAGAGACGAGGAAGCAUUUUGUGUAUGUGAUUGGAUUGUGGCCUCCGUCCUGUGCGGGUCAUUUUUGAGACGCAGCAGCGGUCGUCGGUACGUCACGCGUGCCGUCACGAGGACUCUCACUGUAAAGCACUCUCAAGUAUACGCUGGAUGUUCUGUGUGUUGUUUAUUUCCAAAAGUGACUGUAUCUUAAUCCAUUGUGGCAUUAACAAAGUGUUGAAAGAAAAAAUAAAGAUGACUACGACACAUCAAAAACAAAAAGGGAACGUGGAUAAAUAAUGUCUGCUAAAGUGUUCACAAUGACGGCUGUGUUGUUUUUUUCUCUUUGGGUUGUUAUGGAUGGCAUCGUUCCUCCCUCCCCUCACCCCCACCCUCACCCCCACCUGCAUGUGAGUCCAAAUGAGAUGCAAUAAAAGACAAAUACACUGAUCCAAA